UUAAAAAAGUGAUAACCAAGUUGGUACCCGAUAUAGAUACUCAAAUUCAGGCUAUUAAUCAAUUGUUGCUAUAUCGAGAUAGGCAGGAGACUUUUGGAACCCCGUUGGCUCAAAGGACAGUGAAACAAACAAAUCCUGAUAAAUAUGGCUAUAUAGCUGAAUGGUGGAUUCAUUAUGGUUUGUGUGCUCCUGAGCUCCAAAAAAUAGCAAUUAGAGUUCUUAGCCAGACCACAUCAGUUUCGAACUGUGAGCGUAAUUGGAACACCUUUAGCCUCAUCCAUACGAAAACAAGAAAUAGAUUAAAGUACAUGAGACUACAAAAACUUGUUUUCGUACAUUACAACAUGAGGUUAAAGUUAAGACGUACAAUGAGAAGAAGCCAACGAGAAAUUGAAGAGGGUUUCAAUCCUAUCAAUUUGGACUACAUUUUCGAAGAAGAUGAUCCUUUAAGUCAAUGGUUAGAGGAGAGAGAGACACCACUACUCGACGGUCAGGACAAUUCAAAUUGGUUAAAUGAAGAGGUUGGUGGUACUACAGAAGGAGGUGAUCAACCACCAAUAAACGCGCAUGAUGAUUCAGGUUCAAGCCCUGAACGUACACAAAGUGAUGACAAUCUUGGUUUGAGCCCACCAAGUGAUGAUGAUGGUAAUAGUGGUGCUGGAGCUGGGGUUGGGGGGGGGGUGGCAGUGGUGGUGGUGGAGGUGGCGGUGUAGAAUAUAAUUAUGGAUAUGAUACAGGGACAUCAUUUGGAAGGGAUAUAUAUCCUUCUGAUCCUUAUGGACUACAUGACAUACCUGAAAAUUAUGACUUGGGUAUUUCUUCAGGGAACCAAUCUUCACAACCCAGGAGAAGGAGGAGUGCUCGUGGUGACCCUAGCGAUUCUACUGAAGAUUCAUAUGAUGUGAUUCGUAGUUUUGGCGACUUUGGUUUAGAUGGUUCAUCAUCACAAUCACAUGGAUCUCAUCCAGCAUAUCCACAUUAUGCAUCUCGUGACUCACAUUUUUAUCCCAGUGAAUCAGGAAUCUCAGGAUCUAGUGAGUCUUCUUUUACACACUACCCAGAGCCAGCCCUUGCCCCAACUUAUAGAUAUUAUUCAGGAGAAUUUUCAUCACCAGUACAUUUUCAAGAGCAACAACAAAAUGACGCAAACUUGGGUUCAUUCAACUAUGUAUUUCCACAAGGAUGGGGAGAUAAUUUCCCAUCCCAAUCUCAAGAUACAGAUGCAAAUUAUGAAGACCCUCCACGUCAUUCUUUUUGGUGGUGACAUGUGUUAUGUUAUAAAUUUGUAAUAUUGUAUUCAUGUAUUUUCAACUAUUUAUUGAUAUUUGAUAUUAAUCACUUUUU